ACUAACAAUGUCACUCUAUUCAGUUUUCCCCAUCCACAAAAUUUAACCAUUUCCCAACUUCACCCUUGAAAAUGAAAUUUUCUCUCCCACUUUCUCUCACAUUUUCAAUAGAAAAAUAAAAAGAAAUCUCUCUCUCUCUAACACAACAACAACGACAUUGCUCAAACCCCAACCCAAAAUCUUCACACCAGCACACAGCAUAGGGCUUCGUUCCCCUCCAAACCCUCUCUCUCUCUCUCUCUCUCACACUUUCUCUCUCAUCUUUGUCUCUCUCUCUGGACAUUAUCGGAUCUGAUUCGCAAACCGAAACCCACAAAGGUACUUCCAGGUCCUUCCUUGUCCGAUCCCUUUCGAAUUCAACGACUCUGCACGCAGAUCGCGAUCAAUCGAAGCAGCGCUCCGUUUCUUCCGAUCCGUCCUACGCCGCCGCCGCCACCGCCGUCGACGAAAAAGAAGUAGAAGUAGAAGAAGAUGACGAUGAAUCCUGUGUCGUUUUGAGAUGGGAAUGCCCAAAGCCGAGCGAUGAGAUGAGCAAAACAGGGGACGAAGAAGACGAAGACGAGUGCUUCUACGAGUCCCUUGAUCGCAUUGUCUCCUCGUCUUGCUCUUGCUCCACUUCCAACUCCGAUUCCGAACAAGAACAAGAACAAGAAGAAGAAGCAAACGCCAAGAACAUCUCCAAUUCCAAUCCCAAUUAUGAUCGCCAUUUCCCUAUCCCUAAGUUCCCAAUGCGCGUCUCGCACUACGACGUUUGGAUCUCCGAGCCCUCCUCCGUCUCCGAACGUCGCCGUCGCCUCCUCCGGGAGAUGGGCCUCAGCCAUGACCCUUCUCUCUCCCGAGCAAAACCCACCGACGACGGCUGUGGAGAGUUCGGGCGAUCGGCGUCGUCGGAUCAGUUGACUCGCCAGAGACAGGCCGCCGGGAUGGUCCGAUCGAAAUCCGACGGCAGCGAUCAGUGUAAUUGUUCUUGUUCUUGUUCUUGUUCUUCUCCUUCUACUUGUUGUACUUCCUCUUCUGCUGCUGCUUUUGUUCGUUCUUCUUGUCCAAUUCUUUCGAUUCGUACGGUCUCGGACGAGGCCGGUUCAUUUGUAAAUAAUAAUGUCAACGACAAAAACAACAUCAACAAUCAGAACUCUUGUACUAGUUUUUCCAAAUCGCGGAGUGGCGAGAGCAAUGGAUCUCCCGUAGCCGAUGCCUCUUCGCUGAAUAAACCGCCCCUGGGGAAGAAUUUUAAGAGGGCCGUGGAUGAGAUUCGAACUGGCAAUCCCGAUCCCAAUUUGAAUCCCGCAUUGUCGUCGAGUUCUUUGGCGAAUUCGAAUAGGAAUUUUGGGAAUGGCGGUGGUGAAGACGAGGAAGUUUCCGAGUAUAAUGGGAGUGAUGAAAGAACCGAUGAGCCCCAAGUGUGUACAAUUAGGGAUCUUGAUAACGGGAAAGAGUUUGUUGUGAAUGAGGUUAGGGAAGAUGGGACGUGGAAGAAGCUUAAAGAAGUCGGGACUGGGAGGCAGUUGACCAUGGAGGAGUUUCAGAUGUGUGUGGGGCAUUCUCCUAUUGUUCAAGAAUUGAUGAGAAGGCAAAAUGUGGAAGAGGGCAAUAAGGAUUGUUCUGAUUCGAAUGUCAAUGGGGUUAGUGGGGGAUGUUCUAAAUCGAAGAAGAAAGCGAGUUGGUUUAAGAGCAUAAAAAGUGUUGCAAACACCAUGAGGGGACAGAAGGAGAGGAGAAGCAGUGACGAGAGAGAUACUUCAUCGGAGAAGGGCGGUCGAAGGUCAAGCUCUGCCACUGAUGAUAGCCAAGAUGCUUCUUUUCAUGGUCCUGAGAGAGUGAGGAUUAGGCAGUAUGGAAAGUCGUCUAAGGAGCUCACUGCUCUUUAUAAGAGCCAAGAGAUUCAGGCGCAUAAUGGGUCCAUAUGGAGUAUUAAGUUUAGUUUGGAUGGGAGGUACUUAGCAAGUGCAGGUGAGGACUGUGUCAUUCACGUUUGGCAGGUUGUGGAAACGGAGAGAAAGGGGGACUUGUUAAUGGAUAAAACAGAUGAUAGUAACUUGAAUAUGUUCUUUGUUGCCAAUGGAUCACCUGAACCAACUUCCUUGUCUCCGAAUGUGGAGAACAACCCAGAGAAAAAGAGAAGAGGGAGGGCGUCCAUAAGUCGGAAAUCAUUGAGCUUGGAUCAUAUUUAUGUGCCGGAGACCGUCUUUGCACUAUCAGAAAAGCCCAUUUGUUCGUUCCAAGGACAUCUCGAUGAUGUUCUUGAUCUCUCAUGGUCCAAAUCCCAGCACUUGCUCUCAUCUUCAAUGGACAAAACAGUGCGCCUGUGGCAUUUGUCUAGCCAGUCUUGUUUGAAGAUAUUUUCACACAGUGAUUAUGUAACUUGCAUCCAGUUUAACCCUGUUGAUGAUAGAUACUUCAUCAGCGGAUCACUUGAUGCCAAGGUUCGCAUAUGGAGCAUUCCUGAUCGUCAAGUUGUUGAUUGGAAUGAUCUGCAUGAGAUGGUCACUGCUGCUUGCUACACCCCUGAUGGUCAGGGUGCACUAGUUGGUUCAUACAAAGGGAGCUGCCGUUUAUACAACACAUCUGAGAAUAAGUUACAACAAAAGAGCCAAAUUAAUCUGCAGAACAAGAAAAAGAAAUCUCAUCACAAGAAAAUCACUGGGUUCCAGUUGCUGAUCAGUUUCAGUGAACAGUUUGCACCAGGGAGUUCAUCAGAAGUACUCAUCACGUCCUCGGAUUCACGAAUCAGGGUUGUUGAUGGUGCUGAUCUGGUCCACAAGUUCAAAGGAUUUCGAAACACAAAUACGCAGAUUUCAGCCUCCCUCACAACCAAUGGCAGAUAUGUGGUGGCUGCUAGUGAGGAUUCUCAUGUGUAUAUAUGGAAGCAUGAAGCCGAUUCCCGGCCCAGCAGAAGCAAAGGGGUAACAGUCACUCGCUCUUAUGAGCAUUUCCACUGUCAAGAUGUAUCAGUGGCCAUCCCUUGGCCUGGGAUGGCCGAUACGUGGGGACUUCAAGAUGAGGAGCAAACCCCUCUUGACAACAGUCUGGAUGAAGUCUCCACAGCCAACCAUCCCCCAACACCUGUUGAGGAGGCUAUUGCCGACGAGGGUUCACGAUCAGCUUCUGGUUGCAGCAAUAGUCCUCUUCACGGGACCAUUUGUAGUGCAUCUAACAAUUAUUUCUUCGACAGAAUCGCAGCAACGUGGCCAGAGGAGAAACUUCUGUUAGCAACUAAAAACCGGAGCCCUCGUGUUAGCGUUGAUUUUAGCAGCAACGGGGUAAGCCAAAACAUGUCAGCCUGGGGUAUGGUGAUUGUAACCGCCGGUCUUCGUGGGGAAAUUAGAACUUUCCAAAAUUUUGGGUUGCCAAUUAAGAUUUAAGGGUGAAAAAGAUAAAGAACCGAGACCCUUGAGCAUUGGAGGGAAAAUGGAGAUGCAAAACGAAAAGGUCAAGAGUUCAUUUUUCCCCAGAUAGUUGGCAAAAUUGUGUACAGAGAGAGAGAGAGACAUUGGGUGAGAUUUGUAAUAUUAGCGGAGUUGCAUUUCUUUCUAUGUUCUUGUUGCCUGUCGGAUGUGCAGCCUCAGAUGGGAGAGCCUGUCCGACUGCGUCAAGAAUGAAAAUAGAUUUGUUAAAAGAGAGGGAAAAAAAAAAAAAAGGGAACUACACAAUGAAUUUAGAAAAAAAAAAAAAAAAAAAAAGAAACCCCGAUGGGAUUUGUGUAAUCGGGAAUUGUAGAGUUAUGAGCAUGGCAAAAGCCAUAUUGAAUUAAAAAUGGAAAUUCUUUUA